CCAUGUUAAUUACAAAUGAAAAAGAAACAAUUUACUAGUUUUAAAAUGGCGGCCCAAGUGAUAUCACGGUGUUACAGCGCUGGUCUUUUGAAAAAUGGCAGUAAAAUUGCCAUUCAAAAGGCGAAUAGUUUUUCUACCGGGCCAACAUUGAAGGUUGACAAAAAGUGGUGGAUUGUUGGUACACUCGCCAGUUUGACUGGUGGCUGUUGGUAUGCUAUUCAAUCGGUUGAUGCUUCAGAUCUAAAAGCAAUGCCAGCCCAUUUGCCAUGGACUCACAAAUCCCUUCUCAAAGGAUUCGAUCAUGCCAGUAUGCGUCGAGGCUACGAAGUGUACAAGCAAGUGUGUGCAUCAUGUCAUUCGUUGCAAUACCUCGCAUACCGACAUUUAGUUGGACAAACGCAUACGGAAGAAGAGGCCAAAGCUGAAGCUGCAGAGAUGACCGUCAUUGAUGGUCCAGAUGAUACUGGUAAUAUGUUCGAGCGGCCCGGUCGAUUAACUGAUUAUAUCACUGGCCCAUAUAAAAAUGAACAGGAGGCUCGUUUUGCAAACAAUGGUGCUUAUCCACCCGAUCUUAGUCUUAUUGUGUUAGCUCGUAAAGGCGAAGAAGAUUAUAUUUUCCACUUGCUUACCAAUUAUACCGAUACACCCGCUGGCGUUAAACUUGCCGAAGGUCAAUCGUACAAUCCAUAUUUCGCAGGAGGUGCCAUCGGUAUGCCACAAGUUAUUUUUGACGGCCUCGUCGAUUAUGCGGAUGGAACACCAAACUCUGCUGCACAAUUGGCUAAGGAUGUUGUAACAUUUUUGGCUUGGGUGGCCGACCGUCGUCUUGAAGAUAGAAAGGAGAUUGGAAUUAAAGCACUACCGAUCCUAGCCCUCUUGUGGAUUGGCUCUUGGUAUGCAACUCGAUUCGUGUUUAAACCAUUGAAAACAACCAAAUACCAAUUCGUGGACAGAAUUCGAAAGUCCAAAUUUUAAAUAAAAAAAACAGCUACCAUCAUUAAAAGUCUUUGUGAAUAAAAAAUAUAUUCGAAAACUUGCAAAUAAAUAUGAAACCAUAAGAGUUAA